UCUCACUCAAGCAAGACCUACCCAACCUUCUACGCAAAACUGACGCUGACACCCCCAACCUUCCAAAGCACUCAGUACUCAGCACUCAGCACUCAGCACUCUUACACUGCCACAUUCCAACUUCGAACAAGAUGGCUCCCUUCCACUUCGGCGCACUGGUCUACAACUACCAAGCCAUUGACGUGAUUGGACCUUUCGACCUCCUCAACUCGAGCGGCAAGGCCCUCUUGAGUGCGCUGAGACUCUACACGCCGGCUAUCGAUGAGAAGCUACUCUCGCACGCGCCGGAAUUUAUAUUCCACCAUAUCGGCGAAACUCUCGAGCCCGUCCACCUCCUGUCCAGCUCCAUCACCAUCGUGCCCACCACAACGCUGGAGGACUGUCCAGAGCUGGACGCCCUCUUGAUCGGUGGGCCCGACAUAGCCCACUUCGAGCUCUCGCCCAAAUAUGCCGACUUCAUCCGCCGACACGUCGCGGCCGGGAAAUUGAUCUUCUCAACUUGCACGGGGUCCGGCGUGCUGGCAUCGACCGGUGUCUUGGACGGCAAGGCCGCCACGAUCAACAAUUUCGAAUACGCUUACACCGUGAGAGCAUAUCCCAAGGUCAACUGGACCAAAGACAAAAAGUGGGUUGUCGACGGGAACAUCUGGACGGGGAGCGGUGCAGUGGCAGGUAUGGACAUGUUUGCGCACUGGAUCAAGGAGAAUUACGGGCUGGACGUGCUUACGCUGGGUGCAGCAGGGCUGGAUCAUGAGCCCAGGGACAUAGAUGGUGCGUUUGAUACGGUGUUGAAGCAGAGGUAUGAUGCUAGCGGGAAGAGGUUGCCAGCGCAUGUUUUCCGCAGUCACUAGUGACAACCUCAACGCCCAACCGGAUAUACAGUAUGUAUACUAGUAUCUGGGCAGCGACAGAGACGACACAUGGCCUGGAAUCAAUUUGAACGAGAGACCGAAGUCAAUAAACACAAGUUGCCCUAACC